CAUUCUAUAUAAAUCACAAUUUUCCCCUCCCAACAAUCGCGUUAGGAUUAUUCCUCUUUACAACUUCCCACUUUUGACUACAAACUCUCCCAAUUUUUUUAUACGAGAAUCAAAUUCUCCGCCCACCACCGCCACCGUCCGUCUUACGCGUAUGAACGAGAGAAUUUGAUUCUUAGCAGAUAUUCAAGCAGUCCUUGUUAGGAUUUCGAAUGAAAGAAUCGUUUUUUGAAGGAAGUGAGGAUGUCAAAUAUACCAACGUCGCUCUCUGAAGUGUGCCUCACUGUCUCUCGUCUUACCAUGUCCAUCGCUGAUCCGUGGCCUUUCUCCUGAACUCCUCUUUCCUUUAACAAAACCCGUCAAUUAGCCUCAUCCGAAAGGAUACUGUUUUUUGUAUUUGCAUAUUUGUGUUUGUUUUUUGUGUUCUGUCAACGAAACGAAAAAUCAUGCGAAAGAUAAGAGGAUUCAAGAUCGGGAAACGCUUGAUCCGGCUUACGAGAUUGCUCAUCCGAAAAACAGGGACUAGAUCCGGUUACCAUCGUUUAGAUUCAGUGGAAUCGUCAUGUAAAAGCAAAUCGAUUUCGAAACUCAUCAACUGGGGUCGUCAGUUAACAAACGGAGCGAAAUCUCUCUGCUUUAUGAAACGCAAGUCGGGUUGCAUUCCGAUGGAGACCGACCGGAUUAAAAAUAAACCCGUUGAAGUACCGAAAGGAUAUUUGGCCGUUUAUGUUGGACAAAAAGAUGGCGAUUUUCACAGGGUUUUAGUGCCUGUGAUUUAUUUUAACCAUCCUUUGUUUGGUCAGCUUUUGAGAGAAGCCGAGGAAGAGUACGGAUUUAACCAAGAGGGUGGCCUUACAAUCCCCUGCUGCUACUCGGAGUUCGAGCAGGUGCAGAGCCGUAUAGCUGCAGGCUCCCGUUCCCGAAAGCCAACGUGGAAACGCAACUAUUAAGUGUUUUGAUGGUGAUUCUGAUGAUGACGAAGAUAAAUAUUACAUAAUAUAAUAGUGGUCAUGGUGUUUUAGGAUUUUUGAUUAAGUAGUGCUUUACUUUGCUUUUUUAACUUUUUAUUUUUAUAGCAUAAUGUAAUUUAGAUGUAAGCUUAUACAAGUUUUCCUUCUGGUUUUAA